AUGGCGCCCAUGGUACCUCCGCUUGCACAAUCUGACAGCAAAGCUCGCUUUUUCGCUAGGCUUGGCCUCGACUCUUCCAACCCCACGCACAAAAGAGUGUAUUCAUUAAUGAAGCUUGAGGCGGGCGAAGGAAGACGGAGACUGAUGGAAAGCCAGACCAGCAGUACCGCGCAGAUCCACGAGGCAGCUUGGCAGCGUGAGGUGUUGAGGAUAUUUGAGCAUGCGCGGCCUGAAACCAGGGCUGUCUAUCAAUUCGGUCACGACACCAGCCACGAUGCCAGCGGGAAUGAGGUCGUUGACAACUGGAUAAUCCGAUGGAUGUUGUGGCAUGUCUUCCGCUACCGAGAUUAUCGCAACAGAAGUCGACCACCAGGUCCAAAUCCGCCACCGCCCCCGUCGAGCUCUUCUAGCAGCGACGAUGAGCAAGGCCCGCCAUCGACGGGUUCAGGAGGCGUUGGAGGCAGCUCAUCCAGCUCAGCUCGUAAAGCAAAAGCGAUCGGGUCGCCUUCCAAUCCAUACUGGGACCCCAUCAGAGACCAGUGGCAGAACUGA